AUGGGAGUAGACAAUAUUGACGAGUUUUCAAGCCAGCCCGGUAUAUGCCAAGAUGGCGAAUGCAUCAACAACCAGGGCAGCUUCAGGUGCGAGUGCCCCAGGGGUUUCGUCCUCGGACCCGACCGGCGAACAUGUCUUGACCGCCGGAAGGACAGCUGCUUCCUGCGCUACAGCCGGGGGCAGUGCAGCAACCCGUCGCCAAUGCUGGUGACCAAGUCCACGUGCUGCUGUAUGGUUGACUCGAUGGAGGCCCCCGGGAUUGCCUGGGGCGUGGCAUGCGAGCCGUGCCCGUCAAUGUCGGAUCCGGAGUUCAAGACGCUCUGUAAACAUGGAUCUGGUACAGACCACGACGGCGGAGCAAUCAACCACUGCGCCCUAAUGCCGGAAAUCUGUGAGAAUGGCGCAUGUGAGAACAGCCCUCCCUCGUACCGGUGUGUCUGUAACCCAGGAUACCUGCCGGACUCUUCAGGGAAAAGAUGCAUCAAUGUUAAUGAGUGUAUGGUCAACCCGCGGCUUUGUGAAGGCGGCCAGUGCCGGGACACGCCGGGAUCCUUCGUCUGCACGUGCCCGUCCGGCUCUCGACUCGAUCCGUCAAACAACAUGUGCGAAGACAUUGACGAGUGUAGAUCAUCCCCCUGCCAGGGAGGAACGUGUAUCAACAGCGCUGGAAGUUUCAGAUGUAAAUGCGACCACGGGUUCUCAUUGGACGUCUCGGGCCUGAUAUGCGUUGACGAGCGACUGGGUUCCUGCUGGAUGCGCAUACGGGACGGUCAGUGCGAGGACAACGUGAAGCGACCCAUGCUCAAGUCGGAGUGCUGCAACACCGUGGGAAAGGCAUGGGGAAGCCCGUGUGAGCCGUGCGCCGCGUCCAUUCGAGACAGAUGUCCGCGUGGUUUCAUCUACAAACGAGACGGCUGCGUCGACAUUAACGAAUGUGAGCAGUUUGCGGACCUGUGUCGAGGCGGAGGAGUGUGUGUGAACACGGAAGGGUCAUUCACGUGCCAGUGCCCCUCGGGCAUGGAGCUCGACCCCUCGGGCACAAGCUGUCUCGACAAACGGAAGUCCACAUGUUAUUUAGAGUACAGACGCGGCCAGUGUUCGGAAGGUCUUGACAGCGUCUUCACUCGUUCCAUGUGCUGUUGCACGGUGGGAAAAGCAUGGAGUCACUUGUGUGAACCAUGUCCGACAAAAGGAACUGAGCAGCACAAGGCGCUCUGCCCUGUGGACGGUCAUGGUGGUGACCCGGUUUCUCCGAUAGAUAUUAACGAAUGCCGAGAGAUUCCUGGUAUAUGUACAAACGGACAGUGCCGCAAUACGUUGGGAAGUUUCACGUGCACGUGUGACAGAGGUUUCGCCCUCGAUGCAAGGGGAUUCAACUGCACAGAUAUUGAUGAAUGUCGUAUAUCCUUCGGCGUCUGUGAAAACGGCGCAUGCGUGAACACCGAGGGAAUGUUCCGGUGCGAGUGUAACCAAGGCUACACCCCAGUCAUGAUGGCGCAAAUGUGCAUGGACGUGAACGAAUGCGAAGGAGACAAGUCUCUUUGUCGAGGCGGCACGUGCCAUAACGAGCCUGGCAACUUCCGGUGCGAGUGUCCUACCGGCCUGGAGCUCUCUACCGACGAAAGAUCGUGUGUCGACAUUGACGAGUGUGGCUCAAGUAGCAGCGUGUGUUCCAACGGCUACUGCGAGAACUUCAUGGGCGGCUACCACUGCAGAUGUCACACGGGAUUCAAGCCGAACACGCAGCAAACGUCCUGCGUCGAUAUCGAUGAAUGCGCGGAGAACAACGGCGGGUGUGAGAUGUUGUGUGUGAACUCUCCCGGAAGUUUCGCGUGCGGAUGUGAGAUGGGCUUCACACUCAUGCCGAACGGUAGAAAUUGCAAAGAUUACAACGAAUGUCGGGAGAACCCGAACAUCUGUAACGGUGGCAAGUGUAAUAACACCCCAGGGGCAUACAGGUGCAUAUGUACCGACGGGCUGCGGUCAUCCCAGGACAUGAAACAAUGCAUCGAUAUCGACGAGUGCUCUGAGAACCGGAACCUCUGCGAGAACGGCGUGUGCGAAAACCUGCCCGGCUCCUACCGCUGUAACUGUGACAAUGGCUUCGACGCUGCGGAGGGCUCUAACCGAUGCACAGACAUCGACGAGUGCCUCACCGGAAAGAACAUGUGUGACGAGCACGCGACAUGCCUCAACACGGCCAGCUCCUACAGGUGUCAGUGCAAGCCUGGCUUCGAGGGAGACCAGGGCUCGACAUUAACGAUAUCAACGAGUGACGGCGUCUGCUCCCAGAAUGCCGUCUGCGUCAACGAACCAGGAAAUUACGCGUGUAUCUGCGAAGAAGGAUUCACCGGGGACGGUUUCAACUGCAGAGAUAUCGAUGAGUGUUCACUGCGGGAGGACUUGUGCGUGAACGGCCGGUGCUACAAUUUCAUUGGCGGGUACCGCUGCACGUGUAACAUGGGGUUCGCGCGUUCCACCAAUGAGAAGUCAUGCAUAGAUAUUGACGAAUGCCAGAUCCAGAACCUGUGUGUGAAUGGCGACUGUGUAAAUACAAUUGGCGCGUACGAGUGCAGGUGUAAACCGGGAUUUAAGUUGGACGACAUUGGCGAUAUCAAUGAGUGCGCGGACGUCGACAACUGUCUCUACGGCACACCUCCGCCGCGGCUUCUGCUACCUGGACAUCUCCCAGCAGCGGCGUGGUGGCGUCUGCAGCUGCAUCAUCUCGCAGAGCGUCGGUCGUGCGGCCUGCUGUUCCAGCGUGGGAUGGGGCGAGGUGAGCGGCUUCUGCGAGCCGUGUCCACGGAACAACACCCGCGAGUACAAGGCACUCUGCAUCGCCGACUCGGGCUUCAGGCCCGAUCCACGCUCUUGCCUAUGGACAUUGACGAGUGUCACGAGACGCCAUGUAUCUGUAAGAACGGCGACUGUCAGAACAUGUUUGGUAGCUACAAGUGCAUCUGUCCGGUCGGUUACAUGCUAAAUCUCGACACGCAGGAAUGCGUCGACAUCGACAAGUGUGUGGAAUACCCCGGCUACUGCGGACUUGGUACCUGUGUCAAUAGGCCCGGCAACUUCUCCUGCCUCUGUCCGGAUGGAUACAUGCCUAUGGCGGGCGAAGGAUGCAUGGAUAUGCGGAAGGACGCCUGCUACGCUGCGUUCACGAACGCCUACUCCCCAGGGCAGCCCCCGCGGUGCGACCACCAGUUGUCCUCACAGGUCACCAAGAGGCAGUGCUGCUGUGUGGGGGUGCUGGGUCAGGGCUGGGGCAACCCGUGUGAACCCUGCCCCGUGAAGAACUCUAGAGCAUAUCUGGACCUUUGCAAGCCCAACCCUAUCAGAGAGGACACGAACGAGUCCUCGAUAUACCAGUUCCUGUGCGAGAACGGCCGAUGUAUCGACACGAACACGGAGGAGGGCUUCCUGUGUGAGUGUGGGGUUGGCUACACAUACAACGCCAUCAGCAAGCGGUGCGACGACGUGGACAAAUGUCGAGCAAGCCGGAACCCCUGUCAUGACAACGCCAUCUGUAUCAAUACUCUAGGAAGCUACAGGUGCGAGUGUAUCCCUGGUUAUCAGCUAGCAUCCGAGGGCGGCAGGUGCAUAGAUAUCAACGAGUGCCAGGACGUGGCGGGGAUCUGUACGAACGGCGACUGCAGGAACCUCGAGGGCAGCUACCAGUGCAUCUGCAAGCAGGGCUACAGACUGGCCGCCUCCAGGGACUUCUGUCUCGAUACGGACGAGUGCCGCGAGUUCCUUGGUAUCUGUAUGAACGCUCGGUGUCGGAACACUCCGGGGAGCUUCCUGUGCGAGUGCCUGCCAGGCUACACACAGUCGUCAGAUAGGAUGAACUGCAGGGAUUUGGACGAAUGCACAGAGAUGUCGGGACUAUGUCGGAAUGGCUACUGCAUCAACACCGACGGCUCGUUCCAGUGUAACUGUCGUGAAGGCUAUCGACUCUCCAGGAACACCGACAGCUGCGAAGACAUAAACGAGUGUCGCACGAUUGAGAAUCUGUGUGCUAACGGCCGCUGUAUCAACGAAGAGGGCAGCUUCCGGUGCGUGUGUCCUCCAGGAUACGUGCUCACCAUGGAUGGCAGACGCUGUAUAGACUUGCGUCAGGGUAACUGUUACCGACAGUUUGAGCGCGGCCUGUGUUUAAACCCCAGGCCGGUGAAUCACACUCUGACCCAGUGCUGCUGUACCGGCGGUGCCGCUUGGUCAUACGUCGGCUCUGAACUGUGCGAGGUCUGCCCCAUACCUGGCGAACGUCGUUAUCAGGAGAUAUGCGGCUCAGACCCCGGACGCCAGGUGGGGCCGAGCGGAGAACAAGACCUGAACGAGUGUAUGUUGGAGCCGGACCUGUGUAAGAACGGUCGCUGUAUCAACACAGACGGCUCCUUUCGGUGUGAGUGUCUACCCGGGUACGAGCUGAAUUCCACCGGUAGAUCUUGUGUCGACAAAGACGAAUGUCGCGUGGCCAGUGUGUGCGGAGAGGGCGAGUGCUCUAACACGAACGGCAGCUUCUCGUGCGACUGCAAGGCUGGCUUUGCACCGGGGCCCAGCGAGGUUUGCGAAGACAUAGACGAAUGCGUGACUCAGGCCAACAAGUGCGCGUUCCGUUGCGCCAACACGGUGGGCUCGUUCAAGUGCGUGUGUCCCAUGGGCUACCAAGUAGCCGCCGACGGCAUACACUGCGAAGACGUGGACGAAUGUCUGACUUCCACUCACGGCUGUCCGUACGCGUGUAAAAAUCUCGUUGGUUCGUUCAUGUGCAUCUGUCCUGAGGGCUACAGGGAGGCGGGCCGGGACAGGUGUAUAGAUAUCGAUGAAUGUCUGAGGUUUGCGGUCCCGGCCGGUGUCAGAACUUGCAGGGGAGCUUCCGGUGUGACUGCCCACCGGGUUACACUCGGUCAACGGACGGCAAGAGCUGCAUCGCGCGAGGACUACUGUUACACGGAGCUCGUCUCUCGACGCUGCGUCACCACUUCCGAUGUAAAGGUGACCACACAAGCGCAGUGCUGCUGUACCGGAGGCGCCGCCUGGGGACGCAGAUGCGAGAUCUGUCCCAGGAAAGGAACAGACGCUUAUAGCCGUCUAUGUCCCGCUGGUGGAGGAUAUGAUAUACAUGGAAAUGAUAUUGAUGAAUGCAGGUUGCACUCGAAUCUCUGUGAGAACGGUCGCUGCAUGAACACUAUGGGGUCCUACCGUUGUCUGUGCAACAACGGUUACAAACCCGACACUACCGGUACCCAGUGCAUUGACAUAGACGAAUGUACAGAAACCCAGUCGCCAUGUGUGGGCACCUGUCAGAAUCUCGUGGGAUCCUUCAAGUGCAUCUGUGGCCAGGGAUACGUCCUCAAUAUGGACGGGCGCACGUGCAGAGAUAUUGACGAAUGUGCGACCGGCCAACACAACUGUCCGCAAAGCUGCGUCAACACAAUCGGAAGUUUCGAGUGCGGCUGUGCAGUAGGAUAUACGAGAUCCGGUGACAGACAAUGUGUUGAUAUCAACGAGUGCCUGAUGGAAACUAAUUUGUGCACGCCCAAUGGUCAGUGUAAAAACACACCUGGUGGUUAUGAGUGCGUGUGUAACCGGGGCUACAAGCUCGAUCCCACCGGGAAGAAAUGUAUAGACGUAGACGAAUGCGCCGACGGCCAAUGCGAGAACCUGUGUGAGAAUAGUUUUGGAGGCUUCUUAUGUGGGUGUCCCGAGGGUUACACGGAAUACAGAGGCCAGUGUUUAGGUAGGAUAGGGGCCUGCUUAAAUAUUCUUCGUAGAAAAACGUUCACGUUUAUUGACGUGUGUACCGGAAGCCCCUGCGUGUUCGAAUGUGUCCCGGCUGGUCAGAUGUACACCUGCGGAUGUCCCCCGGGCUACCAGAUGAUUGGCGAAGGGCACUGCAUACAGACCAUCUCGCCCUCUGAGUACAAGAACAUGUUCCCGCCCGGCGUGAACCUGCCUCACGAGUCGUCCCUGGGGACCGGGGAGCUACCCCCGGGCGAGGGCUGCUACUCGUGUAACAUCGGGGACGCCCGAUUGGAAGUGCCAUUGUCGAAAAGGACAAAAAGAGGUAUCGUGCAGAAUGAAGUAUCCUCCUCCCGUAAGUCUCUCAUACGAAACAAUGUCAACGAGGGGACAGUAGAAGAUAUUCAUACACCCAAUCUAUUCCGUCCAAAACUACUGCGGGUAACAAAACGGGCUGCUGUUCGUCAAAGGGGCAACGUACGACGCCACAACAGGCGUCAGGGCAACAUCAAUGGUCAUCUUGAAUACAGCGGAACGGAAAAUGAACAUCUAAACGCCACCCAACUGCUUGCAGUCUACGUUGACCUUUCAGACGUGGGCAGAAAGACUGAUCUUGUAAAAAUACUCCCAGCGCUUUCCAUUCUACAGGGCAAUGUUAACUAUACAAACACUAACAGGGCCGAUGGGAUUUUCUUCCUCAAAGAGAAAAACGGGGUCAACUCGUUGCACGCCAAGCAUAAGAAAUUGUUCAAGGGAAUGUCCUAUCAUAUUGAUAUUGAAGCUGUGCCAGUGGAAGAGGACGUCACGUUAUCGGGCCAUGACGUCCAUCUUGGUAAAACUGUGUUUAGGUUCUUUGUUUACGUGUUGUAACAAUUAUAAUACUUAGAAGGUAAUUAUUAAAGCUUUGAUGACAACGCACUUGUAUGCGAGGAGUAUUUAUGCCAGUUUAUAUACAUAUAGAAGAGUGUUUAUGAAGUUGGAGUUAUCCGAUCUUAGAAAUUCAUGUAUAUACAUGUUAACAUGGUGUAAGUGUUAUAUUGCGUGUUCAUACAGGACAAGGCCAGUACAUGUUGAAGGCAGUACAUACAUUUUUAUAUUACACACUGCAUAAGAAAACACAUUUGUCUGAAGUAUGCAUUUACCACAUGCAAAUUUGUGAUGUAUAAAUGAGCAGUUAGUAUGCAUUACAUCUUUAAUCGUAGAUCGAAUACAUUAUUGCCACAAAAAUUGUUACUUUAUUUUGCUCUUAUGUCCCAUACACAAUUUAUUCAAGUAUUCAGUGUUUAUUAACACGUUUACAAGUCGUACAUUUAAUCGUUGAAUUGAUUUAUCUGAAAUUGAUCAUACAUAGAUACAUACAUACAACGGUAUAAUGAUAAUCAUUUAACUGUUGGUAGUGUUAAGUUGUAUUGCGUUUGAACUGUUGCUUUUUAUGAGCAUUUGUGUUAAACAUUUAGUGUGCUGAAUGUAUAUUGACAAAUCGUAAACAAGCUGUGCAUGCCCUAAUAUUUGAAAAUGUAUGUUCACAAUAUUUUCAACAUCUACAAAAGUGUGUAUAAUAUUCGUGUUUUUGUUUCCUGUGUUAGUUUUUACUUAAUUUGAAUAAUUUUAGAGUGCGUGGUAUUUUAAACAUGUCUAGAAGCUGGUUGUUUCUAGAGUUUUGCAAUAAUAGUGUAUCGAUAUGUUUUGGUAAUAAGUGUACAUGUACACAUUAGCCCUUCUGUCAUACUCCUCUAUGAAAUAAAAUAAAGGUUAUAUAUA